AAAGAAUAUGAAGAACCCAACCCAGGAAGCAUGAAAUAGCAAGAAAGGCAUUGUAAAAUUGCAGCUUCCAUCACCUCUGCAAGGAAGAAAUAGAACAGAGAGACGGCACUGCAAUGUCUGUGUGCAACAAUGGAACCAGGAUUCCAUCUCCACAGGAUACUGCCAAUGGUUUCUCCCAGCCCACUGCUUCGGGCACAUGGCAUAGAUCUGAAGAAGAAACAAGAGCCACUGAACCUCUUCUUGUCAAGAAAGCCCACAGAGAGAUCCUAGACCAUGAGCGGAAAAGACGAGUAGAACUGAAGUGUAUGGAGCUGCAGGAAAUGAUGGAGGAGCAGGGGUACUCAGAAGAGGAAAUACAUCAGAAAGUAGGAACUUUUCGCCAGAUGCUCAUGGAGAAAGAAGGAGUACUGACCAGAGAAGAUCAACAUGGACGACAAAUAAUAAUUGAAAACCAUUAUUUAGUUCCUGGAGAUGAAAAUGCAACAGAAUAUUCUGUGUAUGGAGAAGGCUACACCCUGGAAUGUGAAUGUCACAGUGAAUGGUAUCAUGAUGGCUGUACCCAUAGAGACUACAGGGUCCACAGAAGACCGAGCAGCUCAGUAUCACCUCCCCCAAAGAAAAGAAAGAAGAAGAAAUCUGGGCAUAAAAGGAGUCGCUGUGAUAGUUCAUCCCCAGUACGAAAAGAAAAGAAGAAGAAAAGUGGCAAAAAGCACAAAAGAAGCAGGUCAAAUUCAGGUUCAAGGAAGAAGCAAGGACACAGAUCCAGAAGCCUCAAGAACAAAAAGAAAGAUAAAACUAAAGACAGGAAGAGAUCUCACAGUGGCUCAGUGGUGCGAAGAACACACAGACACAGUAGCUGUAGUUCUCACAGUCCAUCACCUUCUUCCGAUUACAGCACCUCCAAGUCACCGUGCAGACAAAGUCCUAAGCGUAAACAAGAUGACCAUAAAGCUUCUAGCCACAGAUCCAGCCGUAGCCUGUCGUCUUCUUGUACCGGUCAUAGCCGAUCUGCCACACCACAUCAGAAUGGGCACAAGAGUGGCAGCCAUAAUGGUCACCACAGUCAAGGGCAUGGCUCCAUUGUAGAGAAACAUUUAGAUAGGCCGAAUUCAAUCUCUCCAUCAUUACGGACACAUCCAAAAGUGGAAACAUCACCUAGCCGUCACAAGGCUAAUAAUCGUAAUGAUGUAAGAAGCCCAAGAUCUGUUUCAUCAAGCAAAGGUGGCCAUUCAUCAGAUGAUAAACAUCGACGAGACUCUAGGUCGCCAUCAUCAGAUAGACACCAUGGGCGGUCCAGGGGCAGAACCAGGAUACAUAAGGAACCUUCUGUAAACUCAGGAAGAAAUACGAGCUACAGCAGUGAUUCUGAAGGGUCAAUAUUAUCACAUACCACUGAAAUGGAAAAGAACCAUGGUCCUCCUGCCAAAAAGAUAAAAAUAAAGCAUCAUCGUGGUAGACAGAAUAGCUGCUCUGAGUUUUCAGUGAAGCAUAUUAGACAGAAUUCUGACAGAAAAAAGAGUCCAGCACGAAGCACAGGCCACAGAGGCAGCUCCUGGAGUUCCAGCCGAUCUCCAUCCCGCUCCAGGUCACGUGACAAAAGGAUGGCCAGAAGCAGGUCUCGAUCUACAUCUCAAAAGAAAUCUGUAAACAGGGUUAAGGAUGGUGAGAAUCGAUCACGACAUAAUGAUAUGGAAGCAGCAAGACCCCGCCGUCGCUCCAGAAGUUAUUCGCCUAUUAGGAAGAGAAGGAGGGAUUCUCCUAGCUUUAUGGAGGCACGAAGAAUUACAAGUGCCCGGAAGCGCCCAAUUCCUUACUAUAGACCAAGCCCAUCUUCCAGCUCCCUCAGCAGCUACUCCCACAGCCGUAGUCGAAGCAGGAGCUAUGACAGUUACAGCAGCUACAGCCGUAGUCGGAGUCGUUCUCCCAGCCACAGUCGAAGCCCCAGCUACAGAAGCAGUUCUGAGAGUGCUGGAUUUUAAGCCUUGUGCAUCAAAUGAACCCUGAUACUAAUCAGACCUACUACAUGAAGUAGGUUAUGUGUUAGCUUGAGAAAAUCCAGAGGGUUGGAAUGUGAAAUAGAUCAAUGUAUGUACAUAUAUAAAUAUAUAUAAUGAAAAUACACUAUCUAUAGCGUCCAUGAUAUCACACAGCAUCUUUCUGAAAAAUAAGCAAUCGUUCCAAAAAAAUCACAUUAAAAAAGGCAGUCUCACAUGCAAUCAAAGCAUUAUAUCUAUAACAUGAAGACUGCAAUGAUUGUCGUUUUAGUCCAAGUCCAAUGCCUCUAAGCACCGAAGCCA